CCUCCUCCUCCUUCUCCUCCUCCUGUCUGCCUGACUGAAGUCCCGCUGAGCUCCUCUCAAACUUUAUUGUCGAGCCUGGAAGCGGAGCGCGAAGGUCUAGAGUUGACCGGCAGCCUCUCCCCGCCUUGCAGCCUCCUGACGCCGCAGGAGUCGACCGUAUCGGUCGGAGGACGGAUUCUCGGGUUAUUUUUACGCGUUUUUCUGACCUUUUUAAUCGAGCUUUCCGCGUAUUUUCGGAGCUUCUGUGCGGAUUUUAUCUGCAGAAUCCGGGAGCUGUCAGCCUAAAACAGAGACACGCUUUGUGUUUUCGGGGGUUCCUCUGCGGAGCGGAGCGUCCGGAGCUCCCGCGGACAUGUGGCAGUAGCGGAGCUCCGUCUGCGCUCGGACCCUUUCAUGGUGACUUCCAGAGGACAGCAGCGCGUUCGUUUCCGUGUGAAGCCAUGAGCACGCAGCGCGGCUGUCCGGUGCAGGUGUGGACCUUCCUCUGGGCGCUGCUGCCCGUCUCCGCCUCCAGCCUGGAGAUGAGCUUCUACGACCUGGAGCGGGACCGGCCGGCUAAGUGCGAGCCCAUCGUGAUCCCUAUGUGCGUGGGGAUCGGCUACAACCUGACCCGCAUGCCCAACUUCAUGGACCACGACGACCAGGCUGAGGCGGCCAUCAAGCUGCAGGAGUUCGCCCCUCUGGUGGACUAUGGCUGCGAUGUGCACCUCCGCUUCUUCCUCUGCUCCCUCUACGCCCCCAUGUGCACGGACAAGGUGUCCACCUCCAUCCCCGCCUGCAGACCCAUGUGCGAGCAGGCCAGGGACAAGUGUGCCCCCAUCAUGAAGAAGUUCAGCUAUACUUGGCCCGACUCGCUGGACUGCUCCAAGCUGCCCACCAGGAAUGACCCCAACGCCCUGUGCAUGGAGGCCCCCGAGAAUGAAACCCGGACGGAGGGGAAGAAAGACAAAAAGAAGGGGGAAGGCAUGCUUCCGGUGCCCCCUCGUCCCAGGCAGCCGGACACCCCCAGCAGCCGCCUGCCAGGCAGUGGCAACUCCUGUGAGAACCCCGACAAGUUCCAGUUUGUAGAGAAGAGCCAGUCCUGCGCCCCGCGCUGCUCCCCAGCCGUGGACGUCUACUGGUCCAGGCAGGACAAGGACUUUGCCUUCAUCUGGAUGACGGUGUGGUCCAUCCUGUGCUUCGUCUCCACCGCUUUCACCGUCCUGACCUUCCUCCUGGAGCCCCACCGCUUCCAGUACCCUGAGCGCCCCAUCAUCUUCCUCUCCAUGUGCUACAUGGUCUACUCUUUGGCCUUCAUCAUCCGCUCUGUCGCGGGCGCCGAGAACAUCGCCUGCGACCGUGAGCACGGGGAGCUCUACAUCAUCCAGGAGGGGCUGGAGUCCACCGGCUGCACCAUAGUCUUUCUGAUCCUGUACUACUUUGGAAUGGCGUCUUCCAUCUGGUGGGUCAUCCUGACCCUCACGUGGUUCCUGGCAGCGGGGAAGAAGUGGGGUCACGAGGCCAUCGAAGCCCACAGCAACUACUUCCACAUGGCUGCUUGGGGCAUCCCUGCUCUAAAGACCAUCGUCAUCCUCACUAUGAGGAAGGUGGCCGGAGAUGAGCUGACGGGGCUGUGUUACGUGGGGAGCAUGGACUCGGGGGCGCUGACGGGCUUCGUCCUCAUCCCGCUGUCAUGCUACCUGAUCAUCGGCACGUCCUUCAUCCUCACCGGCUUUGUGGCCCUCUUUCACAUUCGCAAAGUGAUGAAGACGGAGGGCACCAACACGGAGAAGCUGGAGAAGCUGAUGGUGAAGAUUGGCAUCUAUUCCAUCCUCUACACGGUGCCGGCCACCUGCGUCAUCGUCUGCUACUUCUACGAGAGGCUCAACAUGGACUACUGGAAGCUAAGGGGCCUGCAGGAGGAGUGCGACUCCUUCAGCAGCCACAACAGCAAGUGCUCCCUGGAGACGUCCGUGCCCACGGUCGCCGUGUUCAUGCUGAAGAUCUUCAUGUCGCUGGUGGUCGGCAUCACGAGUGGCGUGUGGGUGUGGAGCUCCAAAACCCUGCAGACCUGGCAGGGUCUGUGCAGCAGGAAGCUGAGCGACAGGACUAGCAGCAGGAAGCCCUGCAGCGGAGUGAGCUGCAGCAGCACCCACUGCCACUACAAAUCCCCCACCGCAGUUCUGCACAUGGCCAAGACGGACCUGCACUCAGAAAACCCCACGCACGUCUGAGAGGAAGCACGGGGGGACUCCGGGGGCCCCGCUGGAGGAGCGGCUCCCCUGAACUGACACAUGGUUUCUCUGCUGCCCUGAGGGACACACAGGUACCGCUGAGACGAAACAGUAUUGAGUUCAGAAAGGGAAGAGUUCAGUAUUCACACUCAUAUGUUCCUGUUCAAAGUGUUCUGUAAAGUGUUGCCAGACAAAAGAAGUUAAGCUGUAAAAAUCUGUAUAAAUGGUUUAUUUAUUGUAAAUAUAUUUAAUUUAAAGCCCUCCCUGGCUCUUACUUAUUUUGAUGUAAAGAUGCGUUCAUGAGAAGUGCCUUUUAGAGGAGCUGUGGUCUUUUGGAGGUGAAUAAACUUGUGGAAGAACUGUG